GAAGCUCAGCGUCGCCAUCGCCUUGAUCGGCCACUCCCAGAUGCUGUUCAUGGACGAGCCCACGGCAGCUGUGGACGCGGGGGCUAAGCGCCACCUGUGGAAGGUGAUCAACAAGCGUGCUUCGGACCAGACGGUGGUUCUGACGACCCAUUCCAUGGAAGAGGCCGAGGCCCUCAGCAGCCGCAUGGCCAUUCAG